AUGACAAAGCCCGGGGAGCUGGCGCCAUGGGAAAGCGCCAUUGCAGGUGCCACUGGUGCUGUGCUUGCAAAUGCGCUGGUCUACCCACUGGAUAUUGUUAAGACAAGAUUACAAGUCCAGAUAAAGAAGAAGGGCCACGUACACCAGCAUACGGCCGAGCACCAUCACUACGAGUCGACGUGGGACGCUAUCAAGAAGAUUGUCGACCAUGAGGGCAUCAUCGGCUUAUACUCGGGCGUCAAUGGCGCUUUGAUCGGUGUGGCCUCCACAAACUUCGCCUACUUCUACUGGUACUCCGUGGUGCGGUCUCUGUACACAAAAUACCGGACUGCUCCGGGAGGCCAUCCAGGCACAGCUGCUGAGUUGUCACUGGGUGCCGUCGCAGGGGCAAUUGCCCAGAUAUUCACAAUUCCCGUGGCCGUCAUCACCACCCGGCAACAGACCCAACCCAGGGGUCACAAGAAGGGUCUAUGGGAGACGGGUAAGGAGGUCGUGCAUAGUGAAGAUGGCUGGAGUGGACUCUGGAGGGGUCUGAAAGCCUCUCUCGUGCUGUGUGUCAACCCAGCAAUCACAUAUGGCGCUUAUCAGCGUCUGAAGGACAUCAUGUUCCCCGGUCGGGCGCGACUCCAUCCAUGGGAGGCUUUCCUUCUCGGAGCGAUCUCCAAGUCAAUCGCCACAAUCUGCACCCAACCCUUAAUCGUCGCCAAAGUCGGCCUACAAUCCCGACCUCCCCCAGCUCGUGAAGGCAAGCCCUUCAAAACCUUCUCCGAAGUGAUGGCAUAUAUCAUCGAGCACGAAGGCCCGCGCUCUCUUUUCAAAGGCAUUGGUCCUCAGCUCAUGAAGGGUCUUCUUGUACAAGGUAUCCUCAUGAUGACCAAGGAAAGAGUGGAGUUGCUGUUCCUGUUACUCUUCUCUUACAUCCGAAUCAUCAGGGAGAAAAAGCUGAAGGAGGCUGCCGCCAAGCUGAAGCAGAAAUCUAACGGACUCAAGAGCCGAGCCAUGCCGGUUGCGGAGAAUGUGCUAGAGAAGGCAAAGGCUAGUAUGCCUGCUACCAUGAAAUGA